UUGAGAAAGAAAGAGAAAGGGGUAUUUAUGGAUGAUAAAGAAAGAAAUAGAAAUAUUGAUCCCCACACUAUUCUUGUGGUAAAUCCCAAGCAAAGGCACAUCCUUUUGCUUUUAGCUGCCUCCAAAGAUACCAUUUUUCUUAAGUUUCUUCACUCUCUGUAAUCUUGAUUUUGUUUUUUUGUCCUUUUUAUCUGUGUUUAUAAUGGUGGGUGGGUAGUCAGUAGUGUAAUGUAAAUAUCCAUUAUCCAGUUGCAUUUAAUUUGAUCUCUCUAGGAUCAGUAAAAACAUGUCCUGUUCUUUCUUGUUUUAUUCUUUCACCUUCCUUGAAUUCUUGUCUGCCUUUGCUUCUGAUAAAAAGAAGCUGUUUUUUCUCAAUGGAGUUAUGUUGGUCUCUUCCCUUCUUUGGUGACUGCAUGCAACUACAGGAUUGGGGUUGCAAUGUAAGAGGUCCUUGCAACAGUUCAUAAACUUGCAAAACUCAAUUGAACAGCUGAUUAAGGUUUCAUUUCUUGGGAGAGCAUAAUGUUGGUUAGCGGCGAUUAUGAUCUGAGUUUAUCAUUGCGGUAUGAGGAACCUGUGAAAGAAGCUCUCAAGGAUACAAUUCUCAGGCAAGAAUACACAUUCAAGAAGCAGGUUUAUGAACUUCACCGUCUGUACGACACACAAAAGAGCAUGAUGAAGGAUCUGAGUUGGAAAGAGUUGGAUGCGGUUAAUUUUAGCAGAGAAGGCCGACAAGCAAAUCCAGUUGCAUUUGGAAAUUGUAUCAGACCUUCAUCUAUGCCUGCAGAGAAGAGAAUUUGCAGCGUCCCUAAGGUGUUCAACUGGUUACAAGAGCAGCGGGGCACCUUUCCAGGUUUCCAGCAACAGCUUUCUAAUCCUCAAAUUUGUUCCCCUCAUUAUCUUGAUCAUAUUGCGGAUAAAAAUUUGGAUAAGAGACAUGGCUUGUGCAGUAGUCUAGAGAAUUCAAUUGAGAGAAACCAUUAUUACCAUGGUGGUGUCGUACAUCGUCCUGAGGAGGUUAAUCUUUCACUGAGCAUUGGUAGGAACCAUCUGAAAACAAGUGCCAGAACAAAAACUUUUAAUCGUAUAAUUGAUUUAGAGGAAUCAGAUGAAACACUGCCUGAUACUAAAACAGGUGGCCGAUCAAAGACUUGGAAAAAUAUUAUUGAUUUAGAGGAAUCGGACCUCACAUUGUCUAAUGGAGAACUAAAGCCCAAGUCUCCUCUGAAGCCUGUAGCUCAAGCUUCUUAUGCUGGAUAUAAGCGUGAUUACCAAUCCACCCACAGCUUCAAUAACAGCAUUAAGAAUAAUUGGUUUGAUGGGACUCCAAGAAAUUAUUUUGUUUCAGAUGGCAGCACGAUUUGUGUGGAGCAGAACUCUUUCGCUGAAGGAGUCGAACAAUGUGAGGGGUCUCUCCUCUCCAAAGAUAUAUCAGUAAAGAGAAAAAUUAUUUUUUCUGAUGAACGGGCUUUUCUGGACCUUAACAAAUCCUUGCCUGAUGAUUCUAAUUGGAGAGAGCAAAAUGAUAACAGUUCAAAUGAGACCUCUGCUUUUGUUCACCAAAGAAUCCUUAAUUCUGCAACUGGAAGCAGCAGCAGUGGUUAUAAGAGUAUGGAGAAUGUUGGAGUUGACCAGUUCUCCAUAAACCUCAAUCGGCCACUUCCAAACAAUAGUGAAAGUCCUUGCAGCCUGAUUAGGAAUUCCAAAUACAAGAAACCCGACUUGAUCGUUGAAUUUCUGGAAAGGGAUGAUCAAGUUCCACGUACACCAGAAAUGAAAGUCAAGAAAGCCAAACACGAUGCCAUGUCUUCUCCUGAAUGUAAGACUCCAGAUAUUGUUAAGGAUACUGGUUCUGACAGAUGUCCUUCGUCAAGCAAAUCUUCUUGUCUUGAGGACAUCUCAAGUGGCGUAGAGACCAUGCAAUCUGGAAUUCAGUCGGGAAAUUCAAGUUCUUCCCACUGUAAUGCAUUUCAAAAUUCUGAAACACUUGAAGCAAAUAAAUCUCCGCACCAGGAGGAUGUCGACUCUUCCAGUAACAGUGAUGACCAGAAGGGAAAAACAUCAGAAGUUGAUGGUUUGAUCAUAAGGGGAGCAGUGUCUCUCGUCUAUCUUGCACUGGAAUGUUCUGAACCAAGCAAUGCUAACAACAUGAACAAGAUUAAAGGGGAAAAUAUGGAACAGCCACAGUGUUCUUUGGACAGUUUUGAAGAAAUGGUGCUUAAACAACCUGAAAGCUCAGUUGACGACUAUUCUGCAACCUCAAAUGCAUUUGAAGUUAACGACACAGAAGGAAAGGACAAUGGAAUAACAUUGAAGAGAGGAAGGAGAAUGAAAGAUUUUCAGAGGGACAUUAUGCCAAGCUUAGCAACACUAUCUAGGCAUGAGAUUUGUGAGGAUAUAAAGAUUAUGGAGACAGCACUUAGAUCAAGAGAAUACAAGAGACUUAGGUCCAAGACGACAAGCGGACACAAGUGGUUCAAUCCUGUGAGAAAUAGGAGGUCUAGACUCAACUAUGUAGGUCGCAAGCAUUAUUCAUGAACUAUUGAUUUGAUCAUUGGUAGUAGGAGCAAAUAGUGACCAAUUUUAGCACAGAAAGAUAGAUCAAGGAGCUUUUUUUGAAACUUGUCACUCUUGACCAUGAUACUAUUUUUUGACCUUCUUUGUUAAGAGUUCAAUUUCAGGGCA